GAGAAAAAAAAUGGAAAGAGAGAGAAAGUAGAAGCAGAAGCUUGCCAUGGCUGCUUUCCUUUCUCUCGGGACCAAAUUUCCCUCUCUUCCAAAUCGUGCAGUAUUCUGCGCCUCAAGCAGCUAACCGAAUCAGUCGAACGGAGUGUAUCGCCGGCCGGCAGUCGUUGCUGAUCGCUGCUUGCAGUUUCCGAAGUGAAAUUGUGACUUCUCAUAUUUUCUCUUCUCUGUUUUCGUUUCUUCUGCGGACUGGUCGGAUUCUUGGAUCCUGUAUGUGUUUGUGUGUGAGAGUUACCGAUGGGAGACACGGAGAGCUGCAGCAGCAGAGCUGUUGAGUUCGUGCCGGCGGUGAGCCGGAACCAGAGGCAGAAGGUCGCGGUCUACAAUGAAGUCCUCCGCCGGCUUAGGGACUCCAAUGACGAGGAAUCUGGCCUUCAAGGCUUCGACGAUGAGCUCUGGAAUCAUUUCCUCUGUCUUCCCACUAGAUACGCGCUGGAAGUGAACGCAGAGAGGGCGCAGGACGUGCUUAUGCACAAGAGAUUACUGCAGAUGGCUCAUAAUCCGGCUACUAGACCGGCGAUUGAAGUCCGGCUAGUGCAGGUUUAUUCUGCAUCCCGUGGAAAUUCAGGUGACUCUACUCAUUCUGACUUUCCCAAGAAAAAGCAACCUCAAUCUUCUGACCAACCCUUGAAGCAGAGCCUCCAUCCACCACCUGCAUUCGGUUCAUUUCCGGAUUUAGAACUUGCAUAUGAAGCUCAAGAUAAGGAUAUUGGCCGUGUGAUUUACUCUCGGCUUAUGCAUGAAAUCACAAUUUCCACGAAUGAUAAGCCAAAGCUUCUGAGUCAGCUAACUUCCUUACUCUCUGAGCUUGACCUAAAUAUACAAGAAGCACAUGCUUUUUCCACAACAGAUGGGUACUCAUUAGAUGUGUUUGUUGUUGACAAUUGGAGCGCUGAGGAGACAGAUAAACUAAGAGUGGUGCUGGAAAAUGAAAUUCCUAAGAUUGAGCAAGACCAAACAGGAACGAAUCCCAGAUCUUCUGAUAUGAGCAUCCCAACUGUGCCAAUUGAUGUUUGGGAAAUUGAUGCAAGAUUGCUGAAGUAUGAAUACAAAGUUGCAUCUGGACCCUAUGGAGACAUGUAUAAAGGCACCUUCUGUACUCAAGAUGUGGCUAUCAAACAUUUCAGGGCAGAGCACCUAUGUGAUAAGCUUCGAAAGGAAUUUACUCAAGAAAUCUUUAUUAUGAGGAAAGUCCGGCACAAGAAUGUUGUUCAGUUCAUUGGUGCAUGUACCAGGCCUCCAAACCUAUGUAUUGUGACAGAAUUUAUGUCUGGUGGAAGCAUGUAUGACCAUCUGCAUAAAAGAAAGGAAUGUUUUAAUCUUCAGUCCUUACUCAGAGUAGCAGUUGAUGUAUCCAGGGGAAUGAGCUACUUGCACAGAAAUAACAUAAUCCACAGAGACCUGAAAGCUGCCAAUCUUCUAAUGGAUGAAAACGGAGUUGUAAAGGUUGCUGAUUUCGGUGUUGCCAGAGUGCAAGAUCGUUCAGGAGUAAUGACUGCAGAAACUGGAACGUACCGUUGGAUGGCUCCAGAGGUUAUUGAACACAAGCCAUACAAUCAAAAAGCUGAUGUUUUCAGCUUCAGUAUUGUGCUAUGGGAACUUCUCACAGGAAAGAUUCCUUAUGACAACUUGACCCCAGUACAAGCUGCAGUUGGUGUAGUACAGCAGGGGCUGAGACCAUCCAUCCCAAAGAACACCCAUCCUAAAUUGGCAGAACUUCUUGAGAGAUGCUGGGACAGAGACCCUUGUUCGAGGCCUGAAUUCUCUGAAAUUUUGGAACUUCUACAGAACUUACAGAGGAUGGUCUCGGAGGAAGGAGAAGACAGGGCAAAACACAAGGUAUCUAGGAAAGUAGUGGCUGCAACAGGCUGAGAACAGGAGUUUGAGGUUGCAAGAAGUGAGGAACAUUGUACAUAACGUUUGUAGUAGUUAAAUUUCACACUUGAGUAACAAUUGGUUUCUUUGUUUACUAUUUUUGUUUGUUCUAAUUAGUACCCAGUUUUCUCUAAUGACUAGUUCUGCUGAUGUUCAACUGUUGUUUAGCUUAUGAGAGUGGUAUGAACGAUCUUGAGCUGGAAAUCAUUGUAGGCUUCCUAACUCCGUGUAUUCAGAGUAAAUAUACAGCUCAAAGUUGGCAAGAGCAUGAACUUAACUGUUCGUUUUUGGUUUGGUAACAUUUUCACUUGCAUCUCAAGACUCAGGUCCCCUGCAACUGCAAUAGCACUUCUCGAGGCAUGAUGAUGAGGCUGGAAGCUGUAGCAGAUGGAUUAUACACCGUAAAAAGAAACCAUUAAGCAUCCACUCAAGAGCAUUCCCUCCAAUGGAGACAUUGAGAAAGUCCUUGAAAUCUUGCUGUUCUCAUGCCAAACGGCAGCAACAGCAUGAAGCCCUCUUGGAUCACAGUGGUGGCCAGGAAGCGCAGUCGGUGGUUGAUAUUCAUACUUCCACUCCCUGCACAGAAACAACGGGGGUUACUGCUGAUGCUUCCAACCCUAGCAAACCAGCAAAGCAGAAGGCAUCCUUCGCCAAAAUCGCGGAGGAAGCCAUGUGGCGCAUACCAGAUAAAGACGGCCAACCAUCUCACAACGAUCAAUCCUUUCGUCGUAACCCAUGGAGGUCACUCAUGAUUAGAACGAAGUCCAGACUAAUUGAAGACGAAGACGACAGAACAAUGAACUCCGACGAUAUUGAAUCUCUAGAAGAAGACUGUGGCAAAGAAGAAGAAGAAGAAGAAGAAGACAAGGAUGACCAUGAAGAUGUCUCAAACAACAACCACCUGGAAACCAGUACUUUCGCAAUGCUCGUGUGGCAGCUGCCUCUCAUAUUAGCUCUCUUAGCCUUAGCUUCCACGCUCAGCAUACCUUCCAUGAGAAACCAAACUCUUUGUGAUCUUCCCUUAUGGAAAUGGGAGGUCAUGGCUCUGGUAAUCCUGGGGGGAAAUUGGGUCUCCGGUUGGUUGAUCAAGCUCAUUGUGAUCCUCAUCGAGCAGAACUUCCUACUCCAGAAGCGAGUUCUCUACUUUGUUUACGGAUUAAAGAAAGCUGUUCAACACUCUAUCUGGUUAGGCUCAACUUUACUCAUUUGGCACUUCAUCAUCUUCGACGACAAGAUUGAGAAGCAGACUCACAGCAAAAUCUUGCCUUAUGGAACAAAGAUUUUAACUUGCCUUUUGGUUGGAACUUUGAUCUGGCUGGGUAAGACCCUCUUCGUCAAAGUCCUCGCCUCUUCCUUCCACGAGAACACGUUCUUUGAGCGAAUCCAAGAGGCGUUGUUCAAUCAGUUCGUGAUCGACACACUCUCUGGUCCGCCUGCUUUUGAAGGAAAUGAAAUGAGGUAUGGGAGGAAACUGGAGAAGUACUCCACCAUUGGGAACAGGUCGAGGUUUUCGAGAAGGAACGAGGAGAUUCCCAUCGAUGAGCAGCAGAAUCUGAGCAAGAAAAACAUGUCGGGCUGGACCAUGAGGAGAAUGAUCAAUAUUGUUCGGCGAGGUUCGUUGUCUACUCUGGAUGAGCACGUGCUUGAUUCGGACACGAAAGGUGACGAGUCGUCCUUGCAUAUAAGGAGUGUGUGCCAAGCGAAGGCAGCAGCCAAGAAGAUCUUCACCAAUGUGGCUGCUCCAGGAUCCCAGCAUAUUUUCAUUGGGGACCUCAUCCGAUUCAUGGGUAAAGAAGAGGCUUUGAGGGCCAUGCAUCACUUCGGACCAGCUUCUGAGAAUGGAGGGAUAAGCAAAUCAUUGCUCACCGAGUGGCUGGUGAAUGCAUUCAGGGACAGGCAAGCCCUCGCGCUGUCCCUGAACGACACGAAAACAGCAGUGGACGAGCUCCAUAGCCUGCUGAACGUCAUCGUAGCAGUGAUCAUCGUAAUAAUCUGGCUCGUCAUGCUGGGAAUCCCCAUUGCCCACUUCCUCGUCCUCUUGAGCUCCCAGAUCCUCUUGGUAGGCUUUAUCUUCAGCAACUCCUGCAAGACCACGUUCGAGGCCAUCAUUUUCCUGUUCGUCAUGCAUCCCUUCGACGUUGGCGAUCUCUGCGAAGUUGAUGGCGUCCAGAUGAGAGUGGAGGAAAUGAACAUCUUGACUACAGUGUUCUUAAAGUCGGACUACCAGAAGAUCACGUUCCCAAACAGCCUUUUGUCGACCAAACCGAUCUCCAACUACUACCGCAGCCCCGAUAUGGCGGAGGCGAUCCACCUCUGCAUCCACAUCUCGACUCCACUGGAGAAAAUCUCCGCCAUGAACGACCGGCUAAAAGGGUACGUGGAUCGCCACAACCAGUUCUGGCACCCGACGGCGUCGGUCACCAUAAGAGAGGUGGAAGACAUGAACAAGCUGAAAAUACAAGCGCUGGUGAGGCACAGGAUGAACUUCCAGAACAUGGGGGACAGAUUCGCGAGGAGAAGCCAUCUCAUUCAGGAGCUCGUAAGAAUGUUUCACGAUUUGGAUGUCGAGUACCGGUUGCUCCCGCUCGAUGUUAACGUGCGAAAUCUCCCGGCUUCCAAUUGAUGAACGAGAACACGAAGGCAAAGCUCUUCUUCCCACUCUGCCUUCUCUCUGCCGCCAAAUCUACAAUGGCAGCGGUUGCUCCGGUGAAGGUCUACGGCCCGCCGCUGUCGACGGCGGUGUCGAGGGUGCUGGCUUGCCUGAUAGAGAAGGACGUGGCGUUCCAGCUCGUCCCCGUCAGUAUGGCCAAAGGGGAGCACAAGAAGCCCGAUUUCCUCAAGCUCCAGCCUUUCGGCCAAGUCCCUGCCUUUCAAGACGACUCCAUUUCCCUCUUCGAGUCGAGAGCAAUCUGCCGGUACAUAUGUGAGAAGUACCCCGACAAGGGCAACACGGCGCUCUACCCUGCAAACCCACUAGCCAAGGCCUCGGUCGACCAGUGGCUGGAGGCGGAGUCACAGAGCUUCAACCCGCCAAGCGGGGCGCUCGUGUUCCAGCUGGCGUUCGCCCCGCGAAUGAAGAUCCCUCAGGACCCAAAAGCCAUCAAGCUGAACCAGGAUAAGCUGAAGAAAGUGCUGGAUGUGUACGAGAAGAGGCUGUCGGAGAGCAAGUUCCUGGCUGGGGACGAGUUCUCGUUGGCCGAUCUCUCUCAUCUGCCGAAUGCGGAUUACUUGGUGGAUGUGGCCGGGAAAGGAGAGGUGUUUGGCUCGAGGGAGAAUGUCGGGAGGUGGUGGGAGGAGAUCUCCGGUAGGGAGGCUUGGAACAAGGUCAAGGAGUUGAGGAAGAGUGCUUGAGCUUGACUCUUGUUUUCCCCUUUCGUUAAAGAAAUAAUGAGUGCCCUUUCUUGAUUGUGAUAAUCCUUCAAAUGAAAAGUUAUGAAUUGAUAGAUGAACCACGAUUUAAUCUUUUGUAAUCUUCCAUGUAUUUUGUUCAUUGUAAUGAGAGUGGCAUAUAAAUUCAAUAUUUGAUAAAAGGAAUUAGUACCUGACGGAAAAAGGUUGGAGUUUUAGGAAAUGAAGACUCUCAACCUAAACGAAAAGAGAAAGUAGUAUCUCGUCUUUAUACACUUCAAGAAGAACUAUAGCAGGAUUCAAUUAAACAAUCGCC